AUGAAGUUCCUGGCUCUAGCACUCUUCGCUUUGGCGGCGGUGGCCACCGCUAAAAACAUCCACUUUGAGGAUGCUAUCGACCUAGAGGACAUCUCCGCCUACGGAUACUUGUCCAAAAUCGGUAAGCCCCUUGCCGAUGAAAUCCGUGAAGCUGAAGAAAAAGCUAGUGCAUCCAGAAUCGUCGGUGGUUCCCACUCCGAGCUCGGACAGUUCCCCUACCAGGCUGGUCUUCUCGCCGACUUCUGGAUUGGUCAGGGUGUGUGCGGUGGUUCUUUGAUUAGCGCCAACCGUGUGCUUACUGCUGCUCACUGCUGGUUUGAUGGUAUUGACCAGGCCUACAGAUUCACCGUAGUUCUUGGCUCAGUUCGUUUAUUCAGUGGUGGCCAAAGGUUUACAAGCAGCAAUGUUAUUAUGCACUGGGGCUGGAACCCCAACUUGAUCCGCAACGACAUUGCUGUAAUAAGGCUGGGCUCUGACGUGUCCUUCUCAGACAUCAUUGCUCCUAUCGCCAUUCCAAGCGGAGGCUUGAUCAACGAAAGCUUCGACGGUGAAGUCGCUGUCGCCUCUGGAUUCGGUCGUACCAGCGACAAUGUUGGAGUCUCAGUCAACCAGGUGCUUAGUCACGUCGAACUUUCCGUGAUCUCCAACGCGAUCUGCAGAGCUUCCUUCCCCCUGUAUAUUCAGGACUCUAACAUCUGUACCAGCGGUGCAAAUGGCAAGAGCACAUGCCGUGGUGACUCCGGUGGUCCUCUUGUUGUCAACGUAGAUGACAGCCCUGUCUUGAUUGGUAUCACUUCCUUCGGAUCUGCCCGUGGUUGCGAAGUUGGCGCCCCCGCUGCUUUCGCCAGAGUUAGCUCUUACGUUUCCUGGAUCAACGAUCAGCUUUAA